AUGUAUGCAACUACAUGGCUUGAACGUUUAUUUCAAUCAUGUCAACGUAAAAGUAAUAAUAAAUCUUCUAAAGAUGAACAUUUAUCUGAAGAUCAACAUCGUUUAUUAAGUUAUGAACAAUUACCAAAUUUUGGAAACGAUGCCUUGAAACAUUACGAUUUUUUGCUUGGCCAAUUGAUAACAAUGCGCAAAAAAGUAGAAGCAUCUUCAUCAGAACAAACAAAUCGUUCUUCAAUACCAUCAUCAUCAACAAUAAAUCCUCCAGUAAUCUCAUCAUCAUCAUCAUCCGGUGAAGUCAACGUUUCAGCAGAUAAAGCUGUAAAAUUUUUCUUUAUUACAAAUAAAUCUACAUGUUGUGAAUGGCUUAAUCGUAUUCGUAUUCCAAUUAUUCUAACCGCUUUACGAAGUGGUCAAUAUGAAUCUGCUGCACGAAAUUAUAAUCAAUAUUUAAUGCAUGCUUGUUCAUUAGGUCAAGCUGAAGCAUCGGAAUUCGAAUUUGUAAUAAUAUCAUUUGUUCAAUCGCUUAUUAAACUUCAUAAUAGUAUGACUAUUCAUGGAAUUUAUGUAUGGUUAAAAAAUAUUCACCAACUUGAUUGGUCAUGGAUACAAGCUUGUGAACAUGAAGCUGCUGGAAAUCUUGAACAAGCAGCUUAUGAAUAUAAAUUAUUAUUAAAUGAACAUUUUAAAAGUCUAUCAAUGGUAAAUAAAAAAAAAGAAGAUAAAAUAUCAAGUGGACUUGUAAAAUUUCUCAAUCAAAAAGUUUAUGAUUGUUAUUUAAGUCUUCAUCAAUGGCCUGAAUUAAUUGCAUGGAAUGAUGCAUGUAUUAAAAUGCAAAUGGCAUUUUUACAAGAUGAUAAUGACGAUUUACGUACGGCUAUGGUAACUACGAUUGAUAUUAAUGCUAUUCGAGCUAUGAGUUGUUUUGAAAAUCGAGAUUGCGAAGGUUUAAAAGUUUCUAUGAGAAAAAUGCCAAAUUCACAAGCAACUGGAGAAGAACUUGGUCGAAGUAUAUCAUGUGGAUGGGAUAUGGAAGCAUUUGAUAUGUUAGCAACUGUUGAAACAUUAAAAGGAUUAUCAAACCGAAGAUCGGGUCUUUGGUCACUUAAUGCAGUACUGCAAUUAACACAAGAUUUAACACGAAUUCAUAAUGUUGAUGAACAUGCAUCAUGGUCCGAAGAACGAGCAGCUAUUAGUCAAGUGGCUGCUUUAUAUCAAAGUGAAAAUCGUGAAGUUCCACUUUUGCCGGGUCAAAAAUUUGCACCUGUUCAACAUAGUGUACCAGGGGUGUCCCGAGCGUCCAAAGAUUGGGGGGGCGUUUUUUAG